GGGCGUUGGAGCAUGACAUUGGAGCCGGAGUUAAGCCUGGGUGUUUCUGAGGCAGAGCCUGGUCGGCUUAAAAAUGUCUACAUGAAUGGGGAGGAGGACGAAGGGACUGUGGCAAUGAGAGCAGAAUGUGUGAUCAUCACAGAUGAAGGGGAUGAUUUACUUAAAGAUCGUGCACCACAGGAAGAUCAGCGGGAGACCAUUACGUUAGAGGAAACCCCUCUGCCAAAUCCAGAAGGAAGCCAAGAUGGAGGGGAGGCUGUGGAGGAGGUAGGAAGUACAGAAGCCACUCCAGAAUCUUUCACACAAUCAGAGAAGAGUGAGGCCGCUGAACACAUUGCGGAGGCACCACCAGCAACUGGAGAUGGAGCCGUGCAGGGUGGCGUGGAGACAGGCAAAAAUGGAGAUCGAGAGACGAAAAGUGAAGGACAGCACAGACAAUGGGAAGACCCAACCUCUGUGCAGGUGCAGUCCCUAGCCAAUGCUCUAGAGGGCACUGCAGUGGUUUUAGUGCCAGUCUACUCUAAGGUGCAACCUUCUACUCUCACCCUCGAGCUAGAGGCUGAGCCUGAAGCUGAGGCAGCAUUUAAAGCCCAAGACCCUGCCCCUCUGCCUGGCCAGUUCCAGGAGGUGCCCCUGGCCGAUCCUCAGGGGAUCCAGAGGACAGAGGCAAGGCCGGAGGAGAAGGAGCCCCUUCUGUUGCAGGCCGAUGCCCCCAACACCCAAGCAAGAGCAGCACCAGCUGCCUGCACAGAGACAAACAGCCCGACCAGGGCUAGCCAGAGAGAGGAGACCUCUCUGUACCUCUACUGUGUGGUGUUUUUUGUGGUCAUGGAAACACUGAAACAUGUAGAAGUGGUGAUGUGUCUGUUCACAGUGGUGGACCAGAAUAAGUUGAAGGAGUGUGAGAGCCAGCGACUGCCUACAAACAUUACAAUGUUUUGUGCUGUGUGUGCCAUCACUCUUCUCUGUUUGGUAUCUGGGAGCCUUGCAGCUCCCCUGGCCUGUGAAGUCUUGGUCCGGCCUUUCGAUCAACUGGAUCUGGGUCGCUUGGAGGGAAGAUGGGCUAUGGUCGCAGGCGCUCUGAGCGAUCACCUGUACCUACAACGAUUCAAACAAAGAGACAGUGCCACUAUUAACUUCUCCAGCAACACCAGCGACACUAACAUCUCCUAUUCCAGAAGCAUCCAUUUAAAUAACCAGUGUCUCUACCAUUCCUACAACAUCUCCCUGGAAGGCAGCAGCUUCACCUAUGAUGGGACAGAUAAGAGCAACCUCACCGGAAACUUUGUCCACACAUCCUGUCAAGACUGUGUGCUGAUGCGCAUGAACGUUGAGUCUGGGAAGCGGCAGCACUUUUACCUGUUCAGCAGGAGGAGGCAGCUGGAGCAGAAAGAGAUGGAGGAGUUCAGAGCUCAGGUGAAGUGUCUGAACAUGCCUCCACCUGCUGUGUUGGAUCCUACCAAGGAGCUUUGUCCAGAAGAGACGGCCGGUGAUCCAGCAGCCAACUGA